GGAACCGCUUGUCUGAUUUAAAUUUUAACGCCAGUGCUUAACAACCCAUUUUGUAGAUGUACUGUAUAUGCCAAAUUGGAAAGAUGCGUUUGGCUGUAGUCUUUUUAGUACUUAUGUCCAUUUUUGGAUCUUUGGAUGCUAAUACCUUAAAGAGUAUCGCUCAAGGCAAUGAUAGGUUUACAGAAUAUACAUAUAAGAAACUGGUAAGAAUAUUAGGCAACGAAAACAUUAUUUUUAGUGGAUUAUCUGCCGAAGUCAUAUUGUCCUUGCUUGCAAAUGGAGCUAAAGGAACUACAAGGAAACAGUUACUAAAAGGUUUGAGCUUACCCCAGAAAAUAAAAAGCAUAAAUGAAGCUUAUAGCAAAUUAACAACUGGCCUAGAAGUAAAUGAAGAUAAGUAUAAUUUGAAUUUAGCAAACAAAAUUUAUCUAGCUCAAAACUUCUCAAUAAAGCAACAAUUUAACGAUAUUGCCGUUAAUUCUUAUGCCGCUGAAGUUGAGAAUAUAGACUUUUCUAAGCCAGCAAAGGCCGCUAACUUGAUGAACAGCUGGGUCGAAGAAAAAACUAACAAUAGAAUCACAAAUCUCAUUGAUAAAAACAAUUUGGGCCCUGACACAAUAAUAGUCUUAAUCAAUGCUUUAUACUUCUCAGGAGAAUGGAAAAAUCCUUUCUCCCCAAUGAAUACUGCUGAUAGAACAUUCUACAAUUCACCCUCUGAAUCCAAAAAAAUAACAAGCAUGUAUACCGAAGAAAUUGUCAAAUAUGCUUACAACGAAAAACUUAAGGCUAAAUUUUUGGAACUUGGAUUUAAGAAUGGAAAUAUUAGUAUGACGUUUGUUUUACCCGACAAAAUCGAUGGACUCUCCGCUGUUGAGAAAAACUUAAAACUAUAUUUGGCUCCCCAAACAAUGGAAUCUGCUAGGGUUGCCAUCACCUUGCCCAAAUUCACCAUCGAGACUGAAAUUGAGUUUAAACACAUCUUGCAGUCGUUGGGAGUUAGAAAAAUGUUCAAUCCCGGAAAUGAACUUUCUGGUAUUUCCAAUGGUCCACUUAAAGUAGACUUUGUUAUACAAAAGACAUUUAUUGACGUUAACGAAAAUGGUGUUGAAGCAGCAGCAGCUACAGCAGUUAAUUUUAUACCUGUGUCUCUCUACCGACCUCCAGCCAAAUUCAUCUUUAAUGCCGAUCAUCCUUUCUACUUUUAUAUAAGGGACCUGAAUACUGAUGUAACACUUUUUAGUGGACGUUUUUUAAACUAAAAUAAGUUAGUUAUAAACAUCACUAAUAAAAUUUUAAUUUG